GUAAUUGAUGUUCGACUCAAUGGUAUCCAAACAGACAUGACUUAAGACUUCCCUUUCCUUUUGUACUUCACUUCACUACAAGUGUGACAAUAAUUACCGCAAUUUGGCGACCAAUUAGUCGACCAACAGGUCAUUUGAUCCCCGUUUUCACUACAAAAGGUAAUUACAGAUCCCGAUUUUAAGUGACACUCAAGAUGUUGAUGCCGAAGAAGAAUCGAGUGGCCAUUUAUGAGUAUUUGUUCAAAGAAGGUGUAAUGGUAGCCGAGAAGGACUUUCACGCACCCAAACAUCCGGCACUGGAAACUGUUCCCAAUCUUCAUGUCAUCAAAGCGUUGCAGUCACUCAAGAGUCGCGGUUACGUUAAGGAACAGUUCGCUUGGAGACACUUCUACUGGUAUCUGACAAAUGAAGGAAUUCAAUACCUGAGAGAUUUCCUUCAUUUGCCGCCCGAAAUAGUUCCGCCAACCCUUAAACGACAGGUCAAGACCGAGUCGGCUCGACCGCGAACUCAGAAAGCCGAUGAGAACCGACCACAAAGAGAUGGCGGUCGCGAUAAUUAUCGCCGCGAUUUUGAUCGUGAAGGCGGUGGUGGCGGCGGCGGAGCUCCUGAGAGACAAUUCAGAGGAGGUUUUGGUCGCGGAGCGGGUGGUCCAGGAUUUGGUGGACGUCAGUGAAGUUUAUAUCAAUUGUUUGUAAUAAUUAAUAAAAACAAAUUGAAA